CAUAUCUCCCAGUAAGCGCGUGUACAGUACCAGCCCAUAGUCACGGAGAAGCCGGUGGAGUCAUUUACUAGAAAGUGUUAAAUUAGUAUAAUCAUUACAGUUGCCAUCAUGGAGUUGAGGCGGAUACUGUACGUCUACUCUCUGUCAUUUGUUUUUAUCCUGGAAUGGAGUCGAUUGUCAGCAUUCAACCUGGACACCGUGAAUGUCAUCCAAAAGACUGGAGACCCCGGGAGCCUUUUCGGGUUUUCUCUCGCAAUGCACAGGCAGUUGAAGCCGGUUGAUAAAAGAAUGUUGCUUGUUGGAUCACCGAAGGCCAAGGCCCUAAAGGGUCAAAUAGCACAGGUGACUGGAGGGCUAUACAACUGUGACAUCACAUCCUCUUCCUCCUGCAAGAGGGUGGAGUUUGACAAUACAGAGGACCCUACUAAAGAAAGUAAGGAGAAUCAGUGGAUGGGCGUGACAGUGAACAGUCAAGGACCAGGGGGCAAGAUUGUGACCUGCGCCCACCGAUACGAAAUCCGUCGCUUCGUGAAAACGCUCCAGGAGGCUCGUGACAUCACCGGGCGCUGCUACGUGAUGAGCCAGGACCUGACCUUUUCCUCAUCCGAGGACAAUGGGAACUGGCGCUUCUGCGAGGGGCGUGGGCGCGGCCAUGAGCUGUACGGCUACUGUCAGCAGGGCAUAUCUGCCGCUUUCACCAAAGACUACCACUACCUCAUAUUUGGGGCUCCUGGAGUAUACAACUGGAAAGGUAUGGUGCGUAUUGAGCAGAAGAACACCACUCUAUUGGAGAUGGGUAUCUAUGACGACGGACCCUUUGAGGUGGGGGGUGAGAACAGUCAAAGUCCCGACCUUGUCCCUGUCCCGUCCAGCAGCUACCUGGGUUUCUCUCUGGACUCAGGGAAGAGCCUAACCAAGAAAGGUCACCUGACCAUUGUUGCUGGGGCCCCGAGAGCCCAUCACAGUGGGUCAGUGUUGUUGCUAAAGAAAGAUUCGGAUGAGGGCAACAUGCUGGUGCCUGAGUACUUCCUGCAGGGGGAGGGGCUAGCGUCCUCGUUUGGUUACGAUCUCACCGUGGUGGACUUGAACGGAGAUGGUUGGGAGGACAUUGUGGUGGGAGCCCCUCAGUACUUUGAGAAGGACGGAGAGGUGGGCGGAGCCGUUUAUGCGUACGUCAACAAGGGAGGAGUCUGGGAUAAGAUAAAGCCUACCAGGAUAGACGGGCCUCGGGAUUCCAUGUUUGGAUUGGCUGUUGAAAACAUUGGAGACUUAAACCAAGAUGGCUUUCAGGACAUAGCUGUUGGGGCUCCCUACGACAAUAACGGGAAAGGAAAUGUUUAUAUCUACCAUGGCACUGCUAAUGGGAUCAACACCAAGCCAACACAGAUUCUGGCAGGACAGCCGAAUAUGAAACUGUUUGGCUACUCCCUGGCAGGGAACAUGGACCUGGACUUAAACUCCUACCCAGACCUGGCUGUUGGUUCACUCUCCGACUCUGUGCUGGUCUACAGGGCUCGACCAGUCGUUAACAUAGAAAAGCUUGUCACAAUCAAGCCAAAGGAGCUUGACCUCACUAAGAAGAACUGUGGUGACAAAAUCUGUCUGGAGGUGGAGGCUUGCUUCUCCUACACAGCCAACCCCAAGACCUACAACCCUGGACUAGUGGUGGAGUAUUCCUUUACAGUGGAGGGUGAGCGGAAGAAGCAAGGUCUUCCUUCUAGAGUCACCUUCUCCACACAGUCUAAUACUGACCCUGGUUAUAAGUCCACCGGACAGCUCAGUCUCAGUGUCCAGGGCAAGAAGGAGUGCAUCAUUCAGAAACUCACUCUGCAGGACAACAUCAAGGACAAGCUGAGGGGAAUCCCGAUUGACGUUUCCGUGGAGAUACAGAAGUCCAAUCGGAGACGGAGGCAGAGCUCCCUCCCUCAGCUGCCGCCCAUCCUGGACUCCAACACUCCCAUCACCGCUGAGGUGAAUUUCCUGAAGGAAGGCUGUGGCAGUGAUAAUAAGUGUCAGAGUAACUUAAAGAUGGAGUACCGUUUCUGUUCUAAAGAACACAACAAAGAUGUCUUCAUUCCACUAGCUAUUAAGGAUGGAGUUCCAGUGGUCUCCCUUAGUGACCCGAAGGAUAUCGCCCUAGAGAUCACUGUGACCAAUAAGAAUGGAGAUGAUGCCUACGAGGCUGCUCUGAUUGCCUCCUUCCCCCCCUCCCUGUCCUACUCCGCCUCCCGCUCCACUGGUGAGCGUCAGGUGUCCUGCGUUGCAAAUACGAAUGGCUCUCAGACGGACUGUGACCUGGGGAACCCAUUCAAGAAAGACUCUGAGGUGACCUUCUACAUUAUCCUAAGUACAGGAGGCAUCUCUCUCGAUGUCACAGAGCUAGAGAUCGACCUGAAACUGAAAACGACAAGUGAGCAGCAGAAAAUGGAGAUGGUCAAAGCCAAGGCCAAGGUGGAGAUUGAGCUGCUGCUGUCUAUCACAGGGCAGGCCCAGCCCUCCCAGGUAUCCUUCAGUGGAGUCGUGAGAGGUGAAAGUGACAUGAAGACAGAGAGUGACAUCGGCAGCGCCAUUAGGUUCCAGUUCAAGGUAUCCAACCUAGGGAAGCCUUUGAAAUCUUUUGGCACAGCAUCCCUCAUCAUCCAAUGGCCAAAGGAGACGACCGAUGGGAAGUGGCUCUUGUACCUGAUGAAGGUGGACUCAUCAGGUCUGGGUCAAGUCAACUGCUCUCCGCAGAAAGAGAUCAACCACCUCAAAACAGUCAAAGAGGAGCCAAGCACCACGAUAAGGAAGAGGCGUGCCAUAGAGGACACAAACCAAGAGGGAUCCAUAGCACUGCUGACUGACCAGAGGAAAUACGCAACUCUGUCGUGCGGCAGCGGUGCGACGUGUGUGGAGCUUCGCUGCCCCCUGCAGGACUUUGACAGUAAUGCACACCUCACGCUCCACUCUCGCCUGUGGAACAGCACCUUCCUGGAGGAGUUUUCCAAGCUCAACUAUCUGGAUCUGCUGGUGAAGGCUACUCUCCAUAUUGAAGGCACGGCCCAGAACGUUGUCCUGAAAAACUCCGAUACUCAGGUGAGGCUGACGGUGUUCCCAGAGCGCCGUGCGGCCCAGCUGGGAGGCAUGCCAUGGUGGAUCAUCCUGGUGGCCAUUCUGCUGGGCCUGCUCCUGCUGGGCCUGCUGGUCUUCCUGCUCUGGAAGUGUGGCUUUUUUAAGCGUUCCAAAUAUGACCACAGUGUUCCCAGUUACAAUGCCGUGCGGAUCGCGAAGGGGGAGAGGCAUGUAAAACCAGCAAAGAACAAACAUGGCAGCCUGGAGAAGAAGCCCUGGAUGACCAACUGGAAGGAGAACCACAGCUACUCCUAAUGAUCACCAACCCCUGAACCUUCCAAAAGAGUUCCAAUUGAACACACCCUUUUUAUGACUUUCUAAGACCCCUUAUACAGUAUCUGCACGGUUGGAAAUUUAGAAAAAAAAAUGAAUGUAAAAAAAGCUUGAUUAGAAUACCUCUCUUUGAGGUUCAAUGCUUUGUAGUUAUAUUUGACUUUGAUAAUAAUCUUCAAUUGGACCACUGGAAGAGUUUGAGAUUCUUUUGCACAACUACUGUCAGUCAGAACUUUGGACAUUGUUUUGUACCUGUGGCCUCAGUUUCUUAUGGAGGUUUUUAAAGUGUUUUUGUAUAUUUUCCUUUUUACUGAAAUGUGUGUAUUUAUUGUUCAUGAUGUAUGAGUGUGCCCUGUUACUCCACUGGCCAAAGAACCCUUUAAGUAGAUUAUUUUCACAAUGCAUCUUCAUAAUUUUAAGGAUGUUUUGCGUUUAUGUUAGAUUGAACGGUUCCACCACCUUCAUAAUCAGCCCCAAGAACAGGGCAGGCUUUAACACUUUUAAACUCAUUUUAUAGACUUUCAGUCUGGGUUAUCUGCAUGAAAAAAACUAACAGUUGCCAUCCCACAAUCCAGUCUUUAUUAGUGACUGUCUUGAUACACUCUGGAUCAGCCAGAUCAGCACUGACAGAAUGUUGUGUUCUUGCUUCUGUUGGUUUUCAUACAGAGGGGCCAUGUGAGAGCAGAGCUUAGAGGGGCUGCACAGUGUUAACUCAAUAUCCUUCAAAGACUAUUGAAAACAAGUAUUCUCAUCAUUGACAGUUUCCUUUCCCACAGAUUAACUCUGGGAAGUAAGAUAGGAUAGACUGAAUACCAGGGCUGGAGAUCCUCUCAAACAGCCCACAUGCUGCACUCCGUUUGUAAAUACUGAGAAUAAAGUUGUCUUGAGAUAGGGCGGCUGUAUGAAUGAAAUGUUUAAAAUAUGAAAAUAUGCCACGCUUUCUUAAAUAAAUGUUUUUAAAUACUG